CAAUCAAAGCCCAACCCACCACCGCAGCAUAAGUGUUCUGAGAUUGACAAUACAGUCUCGUAAAAGAAGGAAAAAAUGAGUUGUGCUGCAGUGCAUUUGCCAUCCGCAUGGCCGCUUCUCUUUAUAGCCUUAUUACUUUCUAUGGACAUGUCUUGCUCGGCCUUCACUGCUCGGGACUACGCCGAUGCACUCGACAAAUCCAUUCUCUUCUACGAGGGCCAGCGCUCCGGCAAGCUGCCCUCCAGCCAGCGGCUCAAAUGGAGGGCUGAUUCCGGCCUUUCUGAUGGCGCCCUUGAUCAUGUUGAUCUUGUUGGUGGCUACUAUGAUGCCGGGGAUAACGUCAAGUUUGGGUUGCCAAUGGCCUUUACGACCACGUUGUUAGCAUGGAGUGUAAUUGAAUUUGGUGGCUCAAUGCAAAGCCAAAUCCAGAAUGCCAAGGCUGCCGUCCGUUGGAGCACCGAUUACCUUCUAAAAGCAGCCACAGCCACCCCUGGCUCCUUGUAUGUCCAGGUGGGGGAUCCGAACAAGGAUCACCAAUGCUGGGAAAGGCCCGAAGACAUGGACACUCCACGAAACGUAUACAAAGUGUCGCCUCAGAAUCCAGGCUCCGACGUUGCAGCCGAGACAGCUGCUGCUUUGGCAGCAGCUUCAAUUGUAUUCCAGGAGUCUGAUCCUUCUUAUUCAUCCAAAUUACUUCACACCGCCAUGAGAAUGUUCGAUUUCGCGGACAGAUACAGAGGAGCUUACAGUGAUUCUCUCGGUUCGGCUGUCUGCCCCUUCUACUGCUCCUACUCAGGAUUCCAUGAUGAGCUUCUAUGGGGAGCCUCAUGGAUCUAUAAGGCUUCACAGAACUCUUCAUACUUGUCUUAUAUCCAGUCCAAUGGCCACACACUGGGUGCAGACGACGACAGCAACUCCUUCAGUUGGGACGACAAGCGAGCCGGGACGAAAAUCCUUCUUUCCCAGGGCUUUCUACAGAAGAACAUCCAAGAAUUUCAGCUAUAUAAAUCACACUCUGACAACUACAUUUGUUCCUUAAUUCCAGGAUCAUCUAGUGUUCAAGCCCAAUACACCCCAGGGGGGCUUCUGUACAAGGCAGGGGAGAGCAACCUGCAGUAUGUCACUUCCUCAACAUUCCUCCUCCUGGCAUACGCCAAGUAUCUGAGCUCUAACGGCGGCGCGGCCUCCUGCGGCGGCUCGACCAUCACUGCGGAGAAGCUCAUCGCCCAGGCGAAGAAGCAGGUUGACUACAUCCUGGGAGACAAUCCAGCGAAGAUGUCUUACAUGGUGGGCUUUGGGCAGAGGUACCCUCUGCAUGUGCACCACAGGGGAGCCUCUGUGCCAUCCAUACAUGCACAUCCUGCCCACAUUGGAUGUAGUCAGAGCUUUCAGUACCUCCAGUCUGGCUCUCCAGAUCCGAAUGUUCUGGUCGGAGCUAUCUUGGGUGGGCCGGACAACAACGACAAUUUCGCCGACGAUCGCAACAAUUACCGGCAAUCCGAGCCGGCGACGUAUAUCAAUGCGCCGUUUGUUGGGGCUGUGGCUUUCUUCUCUGCCAAAUCCACAGCAAGCUGAAGAUCAUAUUAUAGUUGAUGAUGUUGAACACCUCUGGAAAUGGAUAUGGUUCCACUUCCAGAUAAUAUAUAUGCAAUAGAACCAAAUUAGAUGUCAAGGUUUGCUGUAUUUGAUGUUGUUACAAUCAAAGAUCCCAUGUGUACUGCUCUUUAGGCUUUAAUCUGUAGGCCUGUCGAAGUGUUGACACAAGAACUUAAUACUAAGUAGAAUUAGUUGUAUUUCCAA